AUGUCUACCACUCAGACAGAGAGACAUUUAGCCUUUGUGCUACGAGGUGUGCACGAUACAAUUAUCGAAGAACGUCCAAUUCCAAGACUCCGCAACGAAUGGGAUGUGCGAGUCCGAAUCGAGCAGACAGGCAUUUGUGGCAGUGAUGUUCACUAUUGGGAUCACGGCAGAAUUGGUGAUUUCAUUCUGACAUCGCCUAUAAUUCUUGGACAUGAAUCAUCCGGCACUAUUGUUGAGGUUGGACCUGCUGUGAAGAACGUUAAAGUCGGCGAUCGUGUUGCGAUAGAGCCGGGUGUCCCUUGCAGACAUUGCAUUCUUAGUUGCGAUUACUGUCGAAAGGGAAGUUAUAAUCUCUGCCCCGAUACUGUUUUCGCUGCUACACCCCCUCAUGAUGGUACUCUGUCCAAGUACUUUGUGGUCGCUGCAGACUUCUGCUUCCCGAUUCCCGCUCACUUAGAUAUGGAACAGGCUGCACUGGUCGAGCCUGUCUCCUCCGCUGUACAGAUGGUCCGUACCGGUGACGUGCGAGGUAACCAAACUGUCGUUGUUUUUGGCUGCGGGCCGAUGGGUGUGUUGUGUCAAGCAAUUUGCCGGGCUUGGGGCUGCAAACGUGUGAUUGGCAUUGAUAUUGUCCAAUCCAGGCUUGACUUUGCUGCUUCUUUCAGUGGCGGAAGUCCUGAUGAUGUUUUCAUGCCGCCAAAAAAGCCAGCAGGUGAGGACCAGAUGGCGUGGAGCGAGCACGUGGCACAAGUGAUCAAGGACCAAUUCAAUCUCGGAGAGGGGCCUGAUGUUGUGCUGGAAGUAACAGGAGCUGAGCCUUGCAUCCAAACGGGCGUUCACUUGUGCAAGAAAGGGGGUACAUUUGUGCAAGCCGGCAUGGGUACUGAGAAUGUUAAUUUUCCCAUCUCUGUUGUCUGCGUCCGUGAAAUUAGAGUCCAGGGAUCAAUUCGCUAUCAAACCGGUUGUCACCCGACCGCUGUCGACUUGGUUUCUAGUGGAAAACUAGAUGUAAAGAAACUCAUUACUCAUCGCUACAAGUUCGAACAGUCCGAGGAGGCAUUCCAGAAGGUCAAGGCCCGCGAGGAGGGUACUCUUAAGGUCAUGAUUGAAGGUGUUCGUGACUAG